AUGCAACGAAUUUCAAUGUGUCCCGAAACACGCGACGAGUUCGAAGUCGCCAUCAUCUGUGCUCUGCCUCUGGAAGCUGCCGCUGUCCUCGGUCUGUUCGACCAACGUUACGACCGAUACGGCCAUGACAGAUAUGGCAAGGAAGAGGGGGAUAAAAAUGCCUACACGACCGGCCGAAUCGGCCCACACAACAUCGUCCUAGCUCAUAUGCCUGGCAUGGGCAUAUCUAGCGCAGUCAGGGUCGCUUCCAAUCUCCAGCUGAGCUUCAAGAAGGUCAGACUCGCCCUGAUUGUCGGUGUAUGUGGUGGUGUACCUCUCGAGCGACCAAUCAUCCUUGGAGAUGUCAUCAUCAGCAAUUCAGUCGUCGAGUUUUACUUUGGCAGACAGUACCCCGACAGCAUCGAANAAAAGAGUGGCGUUAAAGACACUCUCGGUAGAUCAAACACGGAAAUUAGAGGCCUUCUCAGCAAGUUGGAGAUACCGCUUAUCCGCAAGGAACUGGAAGAAACAGUACUACAGAAUCUUGCGAGCUUGCAAAAGAAGGAGUACACAGCGAGCUAUCCUGGUGUUGAGCAUGAUAGACUGUUCGCAGCCUCAUACAGACAUGUACAUCGCAAAGAUGGCUCCCCAAAGGAUUGCCUCUGUGUUUCGCCUAGCUCAAGUUUCGAAUCUUCAUGCAAUAAAGCAAAGGAGUCGGAUUGCGAGGUUCUCGGGUGUAGUGUCGAUGCUCUGGAAAGCCCAUCUCGACGCAUGCGCUUCGCCUCAGGAGUUCCCACGCCUCAGGUGCACCUAGGCACUGUAGGCUCUGCAAGCAUUGUCAUGAAGUCAGCCGAACAUCGUGACGCCAUCGCGAUCAAGGACAACAUAAUCGCUUUCGAGAUGGAGGGUGCCGGUGUCUGGGAUGACCUGCCCUGUAUUAUCAUCAAGAGUGUUUGCGACUAUGCUGACAGUCACAAGAACAAGAGAUGGCAAGACUAUGCAGCGGCAACGGCAGCCUCGGCCGCGAAGGCAUUUCUUGACUACUGGACCCCUGGACGACACAAUGUAGACUCAGUAGAAGGCUCCUGUAGGAAAAGGCCACUCUCUAUAAGCGAUGAAGACAACUCGAACGCGUCAAAUGGAGCUAGUCAGCGGUCAUUUUCGGAAAGGCGGAACCUGACAACCAUCUUGCACAACGCAGAUGGAACGCACUCGGCUUCACUGUCCAAUACGGUACUGGCAGGAUGCGAGACACGGAAAGUUCGGCUAGACGCUUUGAACUUUGAGCAGCUUGAUGCACGUCACGCUACCAUUAAGACUGCUCAUGCUGCCACGUGCGAGUGGUUGUUGAGCAAAUCGGAGUAUCUGGACUGGCAAGACGAGGGAAAGCUUNUUGCGCAUCAUGGUUUCUUGUGGAUCAAAGGAAAGCCCGGUGCAGGUAAAUCGACCCUCAUCAAGUUUGCAUACACGAAUGCGAGAAGGCAUGCCAGAGGCUCAACAGCUAUUUCCUACUUCUUCAAUGCUAGAGGCGACCGUCUGGAAAAGUCCACUCAUGGAAUGUAUCGCUCUCUCCUGUUCCAAUUGCUCAAUAAUAUCCCUCGGCUCCAGACUGUUCUUGACACAAAAGAAGCAGCGAGCUUACAAAGCACUCCGUCAGACUCAUGGACGAUCGAAACUCUACAAUCGCUCUUUCGUCAAGCUAUCGAAGUGCUGGGGAACCAGCAGCUAAUUUGUUUUGUCGAUGCGCUCGACGAAUGCGAGAACAACGAGGACCAGAUACGGGAGAUGGUUCGCUUCUUCGAGGCUCUGGGCGAGUGCGCAGUCGAGAACAACAUCCGAGUCCUUGUAUGCUUUUCCAGUCGACACUAUCCGCACAUCACGAUCGACAAGAGUGUCGAGCUAGUUCUCGAAAUCCAGCAGGGUCACUCGGAAGACAUUACGAGAUAUCUAAACUCGAAACUCAAGGUUGGACGUAGUAAACGUGCCGACCAAAUCAAGUUUGAAGUACUUGAGAAUGCGCAGGGCAUUUUUCUGUGGGUAUUACUUGUUGUACCGAUGCUCCAGAGAGCGUACGAUCACGGUCAAGUACAUGCUCUUAGUGAGUGUCUCAAGGGCAUCCCGAAAGGACUUGACGAACUGUUCGACGAUAUUCUGAGAAGGGACACCGAGAGUAUGGAGAACCUAGAACUCUGCUUGAAAUGGAUUCUUUACGCAGCUCGACCACUGAGCCCCCAAGAACUCUACUUUGCGAUGGCAUCCGCACCGGGUUCAAAGCCAGUGACAGCGUGGGAUUGCGAGGAUAUCACGCUGGCCGACAUGAACAGAUUCAUCCUGAGCUCAUCAAAGGGCCUUGCUGAACCAACGAGGAGUUUCAAUCCAACCAUACAAUUCAUCCACGAAUCUGUGAGAGACUUUCUCCUGAAAGAGAUUGGUCCAGCGCUUCAAGCAGGCAUGGGUUUCACCUCAGCAGGUCUUAUACAUGAUCUCCUCAAGCAAUCCUGUCUGCGCUACUUUGUUAGUGUCGCAGUGGACCAAUUCAGCACAGACUUGCUUGGUGAUCAUGAAACCUUGUUUCCUUUCCUAAAAUACUCGAUCGGUCAUGUCUUGGAGCAUGCUGAGCUUGCAGCUAGUCAUGGAGAACAACAGGAGACAUUCUUGGGGCAUUUCCCAUUUGGAUCAUGGACCUUCCAGCGAAAUUUGAAGAACCAGUACGGGGUUUGUCCCUAUGGCACUGUGCCGAGCUUGCUUUAUAUUCUCAUAGAGCAAAAUCUCUUGCGUCUCUCUCGGAUCGAGGUGUCUCGAAGUCAAUCAAUCAAUACCAAGGGUGGACAAUACGACUACCCCAUCAUAGCAGCCGCAGUCGUAGGCAACAAACAGAUCCUGGAAUUACUUCUGGACAAUGGCGCCAAUCCUAAUCAGGGUGGUAGAAUGUACGAACAUGUCCUCUAUGCGGCUAUACACAACUCAAACGCACUCGCUGUCAAGGUUCUACUGAAGUACGGUGCCAUUCCCGAAGCUUCGAAUACUAAGCAUUUUUCAGAUAUGCUUCAGCUCACGGUGCAAAAGAGCCAGCAUUCGAUAACAGAAUUACUCCUAGAGCACUGCCGAGAUCGAGCAGCACAGAUGCCUGAAUGGGUUGACUUGCACGAUUCCGUUACAGCGGCUCUCCUACGCGGAGACCGGAAAUCGAUUGAAACAUUUCUCAGAUUUGGCGCGAUCGGUCAACAUAAUAGUUACGGAUUUGGAUACCCGUUGUUGAAAGCACUAGAAUACGGCAACGAAGCUAUUGCAUCUAUGUUGAUUGAAGCCGGUGCAGAUGUCAAUCUAAUUGUCUCUCACGGGCGUACUCCACUUCACAUUGCUUCGCUCAAUGGCUUUGAAACAGUCGUGCGGACGUCACUUGAGCAUGAAGCAGAUGUCAGUACCUCAAAUGAAAAUCGUGACAAGGCGCUCUGCGUUGCUUCGAAAGCUGGUCAUGGGACCAUUGCACACAUGCUGCUCGAGUAUGGUGCAGACGUCAAUAGAGGAGACUCCCUUUCAGCCGCUUCGCAAGCUGGCCAUGGGGCAAUCGUUCGGAUGCUGCUUGAGCACGGCGCGCAUGUCGGACUUGAAGACGCACUUUUCAACGGUUCUGCUGCUGGCCACGAAACCAUUGUACUUAUGCUGCUCAAGCACGGUGCAGAUGUCAGGAAGAGUAACUCACUCUACGCCGCUUCGAGUGCUGGCUCUGAAACCAUCGUCCGUACAUUGCUUGAGCAUGGCGCAGAUGUCAACCAGGGAAAUCCACUGUACGCUGCUGCGACCUGCCUUUGCAUUUAG